CUCCACAUGCACCAAGCCACCACCACCUCGAACAGUCAUGAGUAUCACUAACAACCAUGACUUUCCUGAACCCCAACACCUUCGCCUCUCUGGUCGAAUCGGCGGUAUCAACUCAGUCCUCUCUCGUCGGCCGAGCUGCCCAUGCACAGAUCAUCAAGUUCCUCAGCAACCCUCUUCCUACAUUCCUCUACAACCACCUUGUCAACAUGUACUCCAAAUUCGACCUCUUCAACUCAGCCCAACUCGUCCUCUCACUCAACCCGGAACGUUCCGUAGUCACUUGGACUUCUCUCAUCUCCGGCUCUGUACAGAACGGUCAUUUCGUUUCUGCUCUCCACCACUUCUCUAACAUGCGCCGUGAGUCAAUCCAACCAAACGACUUCACCUUCCCCUGUGCAUUCAAGGCCUCUGGUUCUCUUCACUCUCCCCGUACAGGUAAACAACUCCAUGCACUCGCUGUCAAGGUAGGUGAGAUCUCCGAUGUCUUCGUCGGCUGUAGCGCCUUCGAUAUGUAUUCUAAAACUGGCCUCAGAGACGAUGCGCGGAAAAUGUUUGAUGAAAUGCCUGAAAGGAAUGCUGCAACGUGGAACGCGUACAUUUCGAAUUCAGUUCUUGAUGGUCGGCCCUAUGAUGCGGUUGGUGCUUAUAUCAGGUUUCGACGUGUGGGUGGCGAGCCUAAUUCAAUCACAUUCUGUGCUUUCCUCAAUGCUUGUUCUGAUGCAUCAUAUCUCCUGCUCGGACGUCAGUUACAUGGGUUCCUGAUUCGUAUUGGUUUUGAUGGAGAUGUAUCAGUUUCUAAUGGACUAAUUGACUUUUAUGGGAAAUGCCGACAGUUUGAAUCUGCGGAGGUUGUUUUUAAUGGAAUCCUCCGACCCAAUGAUGUCUCAUGGAGCUCAAUGGUUGCUGCCUAUGUACAGAAUGAUGAAGAAGAAAAGGCUUCUGUGAUCUUUUCGCGAGCCCGGAAAGAAGGUUUUGAGCCUACAGAUUUCAUGGUUUCAAGUGUUCUUAGCGCUUGUGCUGGGAUGGCUGGACUUGAAUUGGGGAGGUCUGUGCAUGCACUUGCUGUGAAGGCCUGCGUUGAAGGAAAUGUGUAUGUUGGGAGUGCACUGGUGGACAUGUAUGGUAAAUGUGGAAGUAUAGAGGAUUCAGAGCGAACCUUUGAUGAGAUGCCUGAGAGUAAUAUAAUUACAUGGAAUGCAAUGAUUGGUGGGUAUACACAUCAAGGAUGUGCAGAAAUGGCUCUAGCACUGUUCGAGGAGAUUACACAAGGUGGCCAUGAGAUGCGGCCUAACUAUGUGACACUGGUUUGUGUACUAUCGGCAUGUAGUCGGGCUGGUUGGGUGGAGCAGGGGAUGGAGAUUUUUGAGUCAAUGAGAGGGAGGUAUGGAAUAGAGCCAGGAGCUGAGCAUUAUGCUUGUGUUGUCGACUUGCUAGCACGAGCAGGUUUGGUGGAGCAUGCUUAUGAGUUUAUAAAGAAAAUGCCAAUCCGUCCAACAAUCUCGAUCUGGGGUGCUCUGUUGGGAGGUUGUAGAGUGUAUGGAAAGCCAGAAUUGGGGAAGAUCGCGGCUGAUAACUUAUUCGAACUUGAUCCACUAGACUCUGGCAACCAUGUCAUACUUUCAAACAUGUUUGCAGCCGCUGGCAGGUGGGAAGAAGCCACAACAGUGAGGAAGGAGAUGAAGGAUGUGGGGAUCAAGAAAGACCCAGGAUGCAGUUGGCUCACCAUGAAGAAUGCAGUCCAUGUCUUCCAAGCAAAGGAUUCCUCUCAUGAGAGAAACAAUGAAAUUCAGGCGAUGUUGGCAAGGCUAAGGAAAGAGAUGAAGGCAGCCGGUUACAUUCCUGACACCAACUUUGCUUUGUAUGAUUUGGAGGAGGAAGAGAAAGAGUCAGAAGUAUGGUACCACAGUGAAAAGCUUGCACUAGCCUUUGGACUCAUUUGCAUCCCUCCUGGAGUACCAAUAAGAAUCACCAAGAAUCUCAGGGUCUGUGGAGAUUGUCACAGUGCUAUUAAAUUCAUCUCAGGUAUUGUUGGGAGAGAGAUUAUUGUGAGGGACAAUAACCGAUUUCAUCGUUUCAGGGACAAUCAAUGUUCUUGCAGAGAUUAUUGGUAGUAAUAACAAAAUUUUGGCAGAGCCGCUUUAUAUUGAUGAUCUAGAGAAUAUGCUCGAUGAAACAAUGAUGCUUUCUUUCAAUGCGGAGAUUGAGGACGGCAGCAUUGAGGAGGUAGCAGAACAGUUGAUGAUUAUGC